CCAUAUACGUAUAUGAUAAUGACAUAUUUAGCAUCAAUUAAUUAAUUAAUUAAUUAUUACUCCAUACAAAAACAAAUUUUGCGUCCAAUUUUCAUUUUAAGAGAUGUCAUAACCUUUGGCGGGCCGGUUCGACUUUCUAAAUGUCGGCCGGUGAGUCUUCUCAUCUUCCUACUUCACAUCCAAUUUUUUUUUUUUCUUACUUCCAAAUUUUUUCGUCAAUUUCUUUCCUAGUUUUUCUCUAAUUUUCCCGCAAUUUCGGGUAUUUUUUUUUACCCUUUUUUCUUUCUUUCCAUUUUCAUUUUGGGUUUAUUUUUAGACAGAUUUUUCUUUAUUCUUUUGAAUUUUUGUUUCAAUCCAUUUUUUCUUCAUUUGGGCGAUUUCUUCCUCUCUGUAAUAGUUCUGGGUUAAGUGUGUUGAAGCUGUAUAUGGUAGCAGCUGGGUUACUGCAUUGGGAAAUGGCAACAGAAAGUAAUGCGUCGAGUGUUUUAGCAAAGUUGAUGGGUAUUGAUAGACCAUCAAACUUGAAUACUGCACAUCAAAGGCAUAAAGUACUCUCUCAGAACUAUCUUCAGAAUAUUGCUUCAGUUGCUAAGAGGGAGAAAGCAUUCUUGUAUUUGGAUGAGGUUGAUUCUUACAUGGAGGAAAGUGAAGAUACAGCUGAUUAUUUAGGAGGAGCAAGUGUGAUUGAUUACCAGAGUUUGCUUUGUCGAACUGAGAAGUCCUUUCUUGCUAGGAAUUCACGUUCAUCAUCUUAUUCCUCAUCUAGUGACCGGAAAAGAAAAUUAUCUGUGUCUGAAGGGAUUAAUGGACAUUUUCAAGGGAGGAAAACGAGUAGCUGCUAUAACAGCUUAAAGUAUCCUACUCAUGGCUCUUUGUCAUCUCAGGAAAUAGCAAAGCAAAUUUCGGGUCAAGUAAAGCAUAAUAUUUGGCAUAGUUGUGCAGAGUUAUCCAGUUCAAGGCCUAGAGGUGAAAAGAAUUCUGAAAAUGAUGAGGAAAAAAUGACUUUAUCUGCUCGUUUAUUUGAUUCAGAGAAAAAACAUGAAGCUUUGUCUUUCAAUUCAGCUGAUGGAUCUUCUAGCAGGGAAUCUCAGACAGUCAGAAAACAGAUCUCAGAAAGGUACAGAGCAAGGAAAUGCUCUGAGGAGGUUAGAACAUCUUGUGGAAGCAGCAAAAUCCAAGAUGAAGUGUUUGUUACAAGCAGUAAUAGAAGGGAUUCUGUCCUCAACAUUAGUGAUGGGAAUUUCAACACUCCUUUACAUACUGACACUUUGAAUGUUUGUCCGGUUUCUGCAGCCAGAUAUUUGUCCAAACCAACACGUUUUCCUUCUGCUUGGGUUCCCAGAAGCAGAGCAAGGCAAUUUACUUUUGAUAAAAGUUGGUGCUUGAGACCAGGAAAGUGGGGUAUUAAGCAAUGCAAUGACUCAGGGGAGGACAAUAUUGGGCAUAAAGAUGUACAAUCAACAUCUGAAUGUAAUAGCUUAGACUCAGAGAAGCCUGGCAUUCAUCAUGCAGCUUCCACAAUACUUAAUGAUUCAGUUGAGCUUGCGGAACAUAAGUCACAUGAAGAAACUUUGACAUCGAUCAAUUCUGUAAAUAACACGGCUUUUUCAGAUUUAGAGAGUCCUGCUUACCACGAGGCUCACAUAAUUCUGAAUGAGAUUAAGGGAAGGCAUCGAGAGAAGGUUGUUUCUCAAAACAACACUGUUACAAAUUGUAAUCUAGCCUUGGAGACAGAGGGCCUUUCUGAUGAUGAGCAUAAAAGAGUGAACUUGUCUACUGAAGUUAGAAGGGAGAACUCGUCAGCUAAGUCAACUUCAUGCAUUUUGUUGGGAGAUCAAGAAUCUUGGAAGCACCAGUUAAAAAAGAAAGACAAGGCUGCUGAGCCAAGGUCUCCUGUGAGUUCAUUGGAAGGCCCAGAAGGUUGCAUGCAUAUUCCAAAUAUAUCUGUGGAGGCAGUGGGAUAUUUGUCUGAUCAAGUAGAGAACGAUUGCCAAGGUUUGCAAAGAAAGCUUCAACUCAUAGAAACCAUGUCUUUAGAGUCAGGAUCAGAGGGACCUGAGAUGGUAGUAUCUAGUGAGGGGGGCGAUUAUGAAGAUUCGGUUGAUUUAUAUCAGAAUGAUCCACAAAUAAUGGAAGUUUAUCAAACUUUAAUCAAAGAAAGCUUGGAUUUCUCAUAUGUAGUUGAUGUGUUGGUGGAGUCCGGUCUUCAAAUGAUGGACUUGGAGAUAGAAAGCAAAACUUGGUGCUUGCGGGGUUAUGUCUUGGAACCUUUUGUGUUUGAUGAGUUAGAGAAGAAGUUUGGCAAGCAUAUGCCAUGGGAAAAGUCAGAAAGACUGCUAUUAUUUGAUCGCUUAAACUUGGGGCUCUUGGAGAUAGUCAAACCUUCUGUUGGCCCAAGUACAUGGAAGAAACCUGUAGCGAAAAGAUUUUGUCAAAGGCAAAAAAGUCAGGAUCUCAUUGAGGAAGACCUGUGGUCGUUGCUGGUCAACCAGCAAGAGGUUAUUAAGAAGAAAUCUGAUGAAGUGUGUAAAAAGGAGAUUGAAUGGUUAGAUUUAGAAGAGGAAACAGAUUUGAUAGCACAAGAAAUACAAAGUUUGCUGAUAGACGAAUUUAUAGAGGAGUUUGUGAGUGGGGAAUUUUGUUUUUGUUGAACGCGUGUUCGUGUAGAUAGGUUUAGUCAUUGAAAUUGUACAAAAUACAUUUUUCUGCAGAACGUAUUUGUAGAGUCUGCAUGCUCCCUAAAUACUGAGGGACAAGCAUAUAGGAGUUUUGUUUAGUGACUAUUCACUUGAGGGGAACUACUAUUGAUUGAUUUUAGCACACAUUUUUUGAGUCAUUCUUAAAGAUUAAGUUGAUAAGGGUUUGCAAUGAUUGCUUCAUUCUUGUAUAAAGCACAUUUUUCAUAAAGUUUGUUGAAAGUGAAAUAUAGUGAUUGUUUUUCCUGUAA